CAAAUCCCUAAAAGAGAAAAAAAACCAGCUCUGAUUCUCGUCUCAUCGACUCUUUCAGCGUUCAAGAAUGUUAGGUUUCCGGUCACUUUCAGAUGUCAGUCGUCGGGUCCUUCAAACCAUGACGUUUAAUGGAAUAAGAGUGCAAGGCAUUCGUGUGGGAAGUGCUGAAAUUCCUGACCACAAGCGCAUUGCAGUUUCUCUUCAGAGCAUCUAUGGGAUUGGUCGUAACAGAGCUCGCCAAAUCUUAAGCGAGCUCAAUAUAGAUAACAAACUCACCAGGGAAUUAACUGGAAGAGAACUCAUGGCUCUUCGCGAGCAUGUAUCUGCCACAUAUAUCAUCGGAGAAGAUUUGAGGCGAUGUAUCAAUGCGGACAUAGCCAGAUUGAAAAGUCUUCAAUGCUACAAAGGGAUCAGGCAUGAGGAUAAAUUGCCUUGCCGAGGACAGCGGACGAAAACCAAUUCCCGGACUGCAAAGAAGGGACUAAAUUCUGUUUCAGAUAGACACAGAGCCCCUCAUGCUUAGGUUUAGUUUAUUGCCUUCAGCUACUUUUCUUCUUCAAUUAAAUCCAGUUAUGCAUCUUUUUUUCCUAUCUGCUUUUAUCCUGAUACUGAGAUGUUUAGCAUUUGAGCUUUUUUCCUGCCCCUAGCGUUCAACUUAACUAGCUCAGCCAACUUAUGUUGGGUGGAAUAAUGAAGAUACUUUGUCAUUAUUUAUCGAAUCUUUUGAACAUGGAUUUGAUGCAUAUCGU